CCUCUUAUUCCAUACAGUAAAAAAAAUCAAGAAUUGCAGCGCUUCCUAUCUAUCGCCUGGCGCUCAGCAGUCGAACAAUAUAUACAGUGCCUGCGACCAGGAGGGUGGUGGGUGUGUGUGGGGGUGUUUUUUUUCCCCUUCUUCUUUGGCUGCUCCGAAGGUAGUUUGAAUGGUCCUUGGAAGACAAGAAUGAGAGCAAAAUGAUUUCCGCGAGAAAGGUGGCAGAAAAAUAUCCAUUGCAUUAUUUGGUUUGGCAUAACAAGUACAAGGAUCUGGAAAAGGAACUCAGCAAUAAGCAGUUUGACACGGAGCAGGUGGACCCGCGAGGCAGGACACCACUACAUCUCGCUGCUACGCUGGGAUACGUGGACUGCGCGAGGGUUUUGCUGAAGCAUGGCUCUGACGUGGGUAAAGAGAACCGAAAUGGAUGGACAGUGCUGCAGGAGGCUGUGAGUACUGGAGACCUGGAGUUGGUUCAGCUACUUCUUCGUUACCGUGACUACCAAAGGUCUAUCAAGCGCCUGUCGGGCAUCCCGUGUCUGCUGGAGAAACUCCGUCAGGCGCAGGACUUUUACGUUGAAAUGAAGUGGGAGUUCACCAGCUGGGUGCCCUUGGUCUCCAAGAUCUGCCCGAGCGACACGUACCGCGUGUGGAAGAGCGGCCAAAAUCUGCGAGUGGACACGACGCUCCUCGGCUUCGAUCAUAUGACCUGGCAACGAGGCAGCCGCAGCUUUGUCUUCAAAGGGCAAGACAACAGCGCCGUUGUGAUGGAGAUCGAUCACGAUCGGCAGACGGUUUACACGGAAACUCUGUCGCUGGCCAAUUAUGACCACGACUUGCUACUGACCACAGUCCAGCCCUCGGAGGAGCAGGUGGCAACCCGCCUCACCACCCCAGUAGUCACCACCCAACUAGAUACCAAGAACAUCUCCUUCGAAAGAAAUAAAUCUGGAAUCCUGGGCUGGAGGAGCGAGAAGACUGAGAUGAUUAAUGGCUACGAGUCCAAGGUGUACGGAGCCUCAAAUGUGGAGCUGGUUACUAGGACAAGAACAGAGCACCUGUCAGACCAGAACAAGAGCAAAACCAAAGGCUGUAAGACUCCUCUCCAGUCUUUCCUGGGCAUUGCAGAGCAACACGUAGGACCGCACAAUGGGGCCUUCAUCACACAAACGUUCAGCAAUACCAACCCGACGUCCAUCACCCCGGAGGAGUACUUCAACGCCAACUUUGAGCUGGGAAACCGAGACAUCGGACGUCCCAUGGAGCUCACCACAAAAACACAGAAAUUCAAAGCAAAGCUUUGGCUGUGUGAAGAUCACCCGUUGUCUCUCUCCGAGCAGGUAGCUCCUAUCAUUGACCUCAUGGCAAUAAGCAACGCACUGUUUGCUAAACUUAGGGACUUCAUCACUCUUCGGCUGCCACCAGGGUUCCCGGUCAAAAUAGAAAUUCCAAUCUUCCACAUCCUGAACGCUCGUAUCACCUUCGGGAACCUAAACGGCUGCGACGAGUCCGUGAGCUCCAUUCGGAGCAGCCCAAACAGUGAGACGCCUUCGCCCAGCAGCGACACGUCGAGUAUCAGCAGCUCCAGCUCCAUGACUUCGUGCCGUGGCUGUGACAUGGACCCGAUGCUGUUCGAGAUGCCCAGAGGUUACACCGUUGUUGGCGGUAACAGAGAUUCCCUGAGGGAGGAGGAUGAUGACUUGCUGCAGUUUGCCAUCCAGCAGAGCCUGCUGGAAGCCGGAACAGAGUACGAUCAGGUGACUAUCUGGGAAGCACUGACAAACAGCAAGCCAGGAACACACCCUAUGACUUGUGAAGCAAGGAAAGGAGAAAGGACCCCAAAGCACAACAUCCUGAGCCGGCCCAGCCCCCGGCACAUUCCCAACAGGCAGCUAUACUCCAGCUAUGACGAGCAGCUGAGACUGGCCAUGGAGCUCUCUGCCAAGGAGCAGACGGAGAUGGAGAAGCGGAAAAGACAAGAGGAGGAAGAACUGGAACGCAUUAUUCAACUUUCACUCACUGAGAAAUAAGUUCCUUACAGAUUCAAGAUAAUCGGCAAGAGAACGAGAGAGGAUAUGAGUAGAAUUUUUUUUUUACACGGAGAGUUGUAACGGGCUGGAAUGCACUGCU